AUUGUGAACAACAAAGCGGGUAUAUACAUGUAUUAUCUAAUAGCACCUCUGAUCAGAUCAAUAGACUUAUUGGAAGCCAUAUUGAUCUCCUAUUAAUAGAAUAACAAAUAUGUACACUGUAUCGGUUGACCGGGUAUGUUAUUGCGCAAAAAUGGAUGACAGUUAGUCAUUAGCAAUGGCUAAUAAGGAAUUUUAUGAAAUAUGGACAUAAUAAGUCGUAAACGAUAUAGAGAGAAAACAGUCAAACUUCAGAGAGUGUUAUUUUUCCUCAACUAUUGCUGCAAAAGUGACAGUGUGUUUUAAAACUGAAAAUGGAUCCACGCCAAAACAAUAACUAUGAAAGUAUAACACAAAACGGGGCUCAAAACUGUGCUAUAAACAAUGAUCAUGUGACUUACCCGCCCUAUAAUGGCGUCAACGGCCACGCGCCUCCAUGCGGCCCGGACGCCCCAUACGAGGACGCUCCACCACCGUACACAGCAGUGGCAUCAUCCCCCGAGGGGCAGGGACAGUUCCACAACAUCGCUCAAAUUGGAAACACUCCUAACGGAAACGGAGCGGUCCAGCCACCCAGCUACGGAGUCGCUCUAAACCGCUAUGACGGUUGGUCCAACAGUUUGGCUGCUGUUUCAACGAUACCCACCUAGCAACGUCCACGUGCAUACUUCCAUGCGUCACCUUCGGACGCACCGCAGAGACUGUCGGCGAAUGUGACUGUAUUC